CUUUCACUAACAUUCUUGUUGGACGCCAUUCCCAAUGAACUUGUUUUUGUACAAAUGGAGUGGAAGCGGGAAGGAAGCGUUUAGCAGAGAAAAAUCACUUGAAAGAAGGAGCAAUAGGCGAGUUAUGUCAGUUUCUCAGCUGGUUGGAGCUUGCUUUAUGCUGACAAUGGCUUGUUUCAGAAAGCUACCAGCUCUGCCUGGACAUUACAAUAAUGCCAACUUCAAAUAAAACUAAAUCGAAAAAACCUUAUUGGCUAUACCAUAAUAAUGAAGAAAAAAAAAAACGGCAUCCAUCCUGCAGCUAGCAGAGCAGAACAGUCCUUGAAAACCGUAUGUACGAUCCGAUGCACAAUAUCUGAACAGACGCCGACAUUUUUCACCAACUUCAUCUUCCCCGCUUCAGCCUUCUUUCAUUCACUAUCUGCAGCUUGACCACAAACAAUGGCUUCUUCUCCUCAGUUUUUCAAAAUCCUUCUGCACAGAAACCUCGAAGAUCAAAAACUGAUGAUUCCGAAGAAGUUCGUGAAGAAAUACGGUAAGCUCUUGUCAAGUGCCGUAAUUCUAAAGCUUCCCGAUGGAAUGAAAUGGAAAGUGGGUCUGGCAAUGGCUGCUAAUGGCUCCGUUUGGCUGCAAAAGGGGUGGCAUAAAUUUGCCAACCACUACUGUUUGGAGUUUGGGUCUCUGCUGGUUUUUAGAUUGGAGGGCAGAAGUUCGAGCUUUGAAGUAACCAUAUUCGACCCAUCUGGAUUGGAAUCCGAAUAUUCUUCUUUCCAUGUUUGUGAUUCUACAACAGAAUCUGAAGAGGACGAUGACUCUGUUUCUGAUUCAGAUGAUGAAGACUAUGAAAUAAUUGGGGUUGCAAGGAGAAGACGAAAAUCAGCAACAGAGAAACCUGGCUUCCAAGUUGUGUUGAACCAAUCAAACGUAUGCGGUAGAUACAACAUGGUUUUUCCUGCGAGAUUUGCAAGGAGUUAUUUAUGUGAGAAAUCUGGAAAUUUUAACGUUCAAACUGCAAAUGGUAGAAAAUGGCCACUUUUGUAUAAAUGGAGUGGAAAUGGAGAUAAAUUUGCGUACGUUUCCAGUGGGUGGAAGCGUUUUGUACAGGAAAAUCUGUUGAAAGAAGGCGAUGUUGUGUUCUUCGAAAUGAUUAAGAAAGGAAGAUUCUUGUUCACCAAAUUACAAGAUAAGAGCACUGCAUCAAACCCCUUCUUCAAAGUGGAUAUUCAUUACAAAAGCUACAAGAACAGAAUCUUGAACAUUCCCAUGGCGUUUGGUAAGGAGCAUUUUUCACCAGAAAUGAAAUAUGUAAAGCUUCAAACUGGGAAUAAGGAAUGGAUGGUAACAUUAAAGCAAUAUGAAGGAUGUAUGAGAUUCUCAGGUGGUUGGAGGAAAUUUUACGGUGAAAAUGGGUUGAAAGAUGGAGACACCUGCUUGUUUGAAAUGCACGGCAGCACCAGUGCCGCUUCUAGCCUUGAGUUCUUCAAGGGUUUUAUUCCCGAUUCCGGCUCUCUGCAUAUGAACAUACCGCCAGCUUUUGUGAAGCAUUUAAAUGGAUCUUUUCCAGAAAAAGCUAUCAUGAAAGAUCCUAUGGGAAAAUCAUGGCGUAUUACGUUGGAAAAACUGGAUGACCUUGUGUAUUUCAAGAAUGGCUGGCCGGCAUUCGUAGAUUACUAUUUUCUGAAAUAUGGAGACUUCUUAAUUUUCCAAUAUGACGGCCACUGUACGUUUGAUGUUAAGAUAUUUGGUACAAAUGGAUGCAAGAAGGCAGUGGCAGCUAAAGCUGCUAGUUGUGUCCCAAUUUUGGAGGCUGUGGCAGCAGAUGCUGCUAAUGCUGUUCCAAUUUUGAAGGUCAAAGAAGAGCCUGUGGUUGACAAAGAAGAUGCCAAGCAUUCAAUAUCCAGCAAGAGGACGCGAUUACAAGUUGGGUCAAAAAUAGUUUGCAAGCCAAGAAACAUUGCUGCUUCAAAUCGUGGGAGACGACUGCCUAAUGCCUCUAACUCUGUAGAACAGGUUGGCCCAAGUGGGCCUUUCUUUGUGCGGACGAUGAGUCGAAUCAGACAAUUUAUAUUUCUGGACGUAUGAUGAGGGAUCAGAACAUCUCGUUGAAACAAAACAUAGUUCUUAGAGAUGAAGAGGGCCAGUUGUGGGCAGCAACCAUCUGGUUCACCACCCAGGAUCGUAUUUCUAUUACUGCUGGGUGGUCUAAAUUUUACGAGGGCCAUAAGUUGAGAAGAAAUGACAAAUGUGAUUUUGAGUUUGUUCUUGAAAAGGGAAAUGUAUGCGGACAGUUUGAUGUCAAAGUCACACGCCACUGUCUUCCUGUGCGUUGAAGACUGCUUAGCAGAACCAAGUUUUCAUUGUACAGUGGUUUUGUAUGAAAAAAAAAAGCAGGGAAGAUCAGAUAAGUCCCUCUCUUUCAUCGGUAACGUUUUUUUCUUGUUAAUCUAACGUUGUGAAUGUAGUUGUAAUUUAAUAUGUUUAUUAUGAUGCUCCACAUGUUUGCGCCUUACGAACUAAAUUAUACAUAAAGACUGCAUUAUUGAAUUGAUAUAGCAUUCCAAAACUCAAAAUCAUAACAAUCAAGAUCUUUGAAACUGCAUAAAAUGCCAAAAACUAGAUUCAUUCAGUUUGAGUAUAGCCAGUUUCAAGAACCAAAAUACAUUCAAUUCGAGCAUGAGGUAGAGCAUAAUCUUUAAAUUAUUUCUUGGGAUCUACUGAAAUAUAUUUUUGUGGAUAAUCUUUUAACUUUUACCUUAUCCAUAGGAAGUUGAUAGUCAAGGAAAUGAUCAAUAUUUCCAAGAUGAUGACCUUCAGGAGAAUAAUCAAAGGGAAGGAGAAAUGCUUUAUUUGGAGUGUCGACCCCUUCAAACAGAUAAAGAAGACAAUAGGAAAUAAGCUAAUAUGGAUGCUACUGAGGUUAUAAUAUUUAACUUCCAUUUACCAUUAUUUAUGACUUUUGAUGUUCCAAUAAGAAAAGCUACAAGAAGUUAGAACUCAUAUGGAAGAACUGAAGACUUACUCCAAAA